AUUUGCGUGCAAGGGAACCGCGGCCACGUUGCUCCCUUGGCGUUUCUAGAGACCACAAAAAUAUAAAAGCAUGAAAUGCAUUUGGUUCGGAUAAUCUAAGUCCCAUGGGUGUUAACCGCAUGAGAUGGACGGUACCCAAGAAGCCCACGUGGACAAGAAGCUUGUCCACAUAACAAAGAGGUUGGCUAGGGCCACAUAGGGUCUCUCACUCAUCUUUCAAAAUCUGGAAAAUACAGUCUUUAACUUCUUGUUCUCCUCCUCCACGUAAAUCAGUGAUCAUAAUAGCUUAUUCUUCUUCCUCCUCCUCCUCCACUGUUCUGCAGCGCUGGUGAUAGCUUACACUCAGCCAAUAAUGAUUAGACUAAAUCUCUACUGUUCAUUAAUUCCAAGUGCAAGACAAGCCAGACCAGGCAGCAGCUAUGGCUCGUUGAUCAUCCAUAAUCACAAAGCUUCAAAAUUUCCUCAUCGGAUUUCAAUCAAGGCUAAGGCCAUCAAAGAUGAGAUGGAUGGAGAAACAAGCGGAUCUUCAGGACGUAGCUGGGAUCCUGGGUUGGAAAUUGAGGUCCCUUUUGAGCAGAGACCGGUAAAUGAGUACUCAUCUCUGAAGGAUGGAGUAUUGUACUCUUGGGGGGAACUGGGUCCGGGGUCGUUCUUCCUUCGCCUGGGAGGUCUUUGGUUGGGAGUGUUUACAGUUCUUGGAGGGCCAAUUGCGGCUGCAAGCUUUAAUCCUUCUAGAGAGCCUCUAAGAUUUAUACUAGCUGCUGGAACAGGAACGCUCUUCAUUGUGUCUUUGAUCGUCUUGAGGAUUUAUUUGGGUUGGAGUUAUGUUGGUGAUAGACUUCUAUCAGCGGUCAUCCCUUAUGAAGAAAGUGGAUGGUAUGACGGGCAGAUGUGGGUCAAGCCGCCCGAGAUCCUAGCUCGUGAUAGAUUGUUGGGCUCUUACAAGGUUAAACCAGUCGUUAAAUUGCUGAAGCAAACUCUAGUUGGGACAGGAGCAUUGCUUGUCACAGGAGUUAUGCUAUUUAUAUUUGCUACACCGGUGGAGAAUUUUCUUCGAACUACCUUUUCCACGGAAGAAAUUAAACAAACCGUUCCCAAGGUUAACACAAAGCUCAACCUGAGAAAAGAGGAGUUGCUUAAAUUGCCAGUGGAGGUGAUAACUGAUGAUGAUCUAGCAGCAGCAGCUGCUGAGGCUGCUGAUGGAAGACCUGUCUAUUGUAGGGAUAGGUAUUAUCGAGCAUUAGCAGGAGGACAAUACUGCAAAUGGGAUGAUCUGGUCAAAUAAAGGAUAAAGAAAAGCAUAUGUAGUCAAUUUCAUUUAGUAAAAGCAGUUUGCAAUUGUGGUGA